AGGUACCAGCGGAAAUACGCGUACCAGGAGGUGAGCCGCACGCUCUGCCAGCCGCAGACCAAGGCGGAGGUGGAGACUCAACACUUCUUCGUGGAUGUCUCCACGCUCUCCCACAACGCGUCCUACCAGCUGCGUGUCACCCGCGUGGAGAACUUCGUGCUGCAGACAAAUGUCAAGUUCAGCUUCAACGCCACAGCGUCGCAGCCGCAGUACUUCAAGUAUGAGUUCUCCGAGGGAGUGGACUCGGUGAUUGUGAAAGUGACCUCAGCCAUGGCUUUCCCCUGCUCCGUCAUCUCCAUCCAGGACAUCCUGUGCCCUGUCUACGACUUGGACAACAACGUGGCCUUCAUCGGGAUGUACCAGACCAUGACGAAGAAGGCAGCGAUCACGGUGCAGAAGAAGGAUUUCCCCAGCAACAGCUUCUACGUGGUGGUGGUGGUGAAGACGGAGGAUGAGGCGUGCGGAGGGGCCCUGCCCUACUACCCCCUCGCCAAAAACGCCUCUCCAGAUGAACCCGUGGAUCAGCACAACCGGCAGAAGACCCCCACUGAGGACUUGUCCUGGCUCUGGGCAGCGGAGGCUUAUGUGAGCAGUGUGCUCUUCUGCCUCGGCAUCUUCCUCUCCUUCUACGUCCUCACGCUGCUCAUCGCCUGCUGGGAGAGCUGCCGGCAGCAGAAGAGGAAAGGUCUCCUGGCAGCCAUGGACUCGCCCAGCCUGGACACAGGGAAUGGCUCCUCCAGCAGCACAGAGGGUGUGACAGACAGCCUGGGCUCAACAGAGGUCUCCUACAGUUACCUGG